AGUACACAUAACACAAUACACCUUCACCAAGCCUACUAUACCGUCCUUACCGUACUGAGGUAUGUAGGUACACUUUCUUGCAAUCAUAUAGCAAUCAAAAUAUUGCCUUAAUGACCUACACUAGUCAUCUAUCAGCCAGCUAAUCCAGCCCCCUCUCAUCUCCAAUGCCAACCCCCUCCUCCCUCUCCUCCCUUACUACCUCUCACGGCCUCAUCUCCUCCUUCUCUACCUUCCUCACCAUCGCCAUCCACACCAUCCUCUCCGCCCGUGCCGUCUACCCCCCCGCCUCCUUCCUCGCCGCCCGCGCCUACAACCACCCCGUCCGCCAGAACCGCCACCCGCGUGUCUGCGCCUGGAUCACCGACGCCGUGCGCGCCGUCGAGGUGCAGCUGCGCACCGGCGACGUCGCCCGCGUGGUCGUCGUGCUGUUCGCGCCGCCGGGAAGUGGCAGGAGGCAGAGGGCGCUAGAGCGGUUCGUGUUUGAUGUGGGGAGGUUGCCAGUUGUGUCGGCGGGGAAGGGAGAUGCGGUGAUUGUGCGGGAGGGAGAGGAGAUGGGAGACGGGGAGGAGCGAGAUGACGGGGCGGAGAGGCGGAUGAUGGCGGAUCUGGAAGAGGAGUUCCGGGCGGUGAUGGGGAGGUUGAUGGGCUGCGGUCAGCGAUUGGCGCCGAUUCCUGAGGGGUGCACGUUUACGGUGGCGAUGGAGUUGAAGACGGAUGGGAAGGCGCCGGUUGGGCAUCCGCAGGCGUGGAUACCGGCGGAGGGGCCGCUGCAGGCGAGAAGAGAAGGGGAGGCGGGCGGUGGGGAGGAUGGAAGGGUGGUGAGAGGGGGGGAUUUGGAAGGGCAGAAGGUUACGGCGGUGAGAACGGUGGAUGUGGGGGAGAUGGCAUUUGAGAUGUGGAUAGAGGAAGGGAAGGCGAAGUGGGACGACGGAUAG